CUUCCCUCGCGCCUGUCCUGUCCUCCCGCCAGCAAAAAAUGCUCCGCUCGUCCUGGGCCCGUCUCCCUGCCCCCGUCCGCGGCCCCCGUCCCCGCACCCUCGUCUCCACCGUCCUCCUCAGCAAGAACUGGGACACCCACUCCCUCUCCGACCUCAAGUCAGAGGCAAAGCAGCGCGGCCUUCCCCAGAGGGGAAACAGAGCGACCCUCAUCACACGCAUCAAGGAGCACGAUCAGCAGUCCCCCCUCCAGCCCGCCCACGUCCCCGCGUCCCGUGAGCCCCCAGUCCCUGCCCUCGUCCGCAACGCGUCCGCCGCCCCCGCGUCCAGCACCCCUCCCCCUGCAUCCAGCGCUCCUCCUCCCCCAUCUACCCCGUCUCCCGUCGCCGCGUUCCCCAGCCAGUCCCUCGACAUCCACCUCCCAGACCUCUCCGCCCCCUACCCGGAGCUACCCGUCCAAAUCCCCUUCGUCCCCGACUUCUGGGACUCCUUCCGCGUCAAAGCAGCCUCUGCCCCUCCUCCUCCCUCCGAGCUCCCAGUCCCAAAAAUUCUCGUCGUCGCUGGCUCCGCCACCCACCCCGCCGGCGGCCCCACCUUCAACCUCUCCUCCGCCGUAGAGUCCCUCGCCACCGUCGAUGCUCCCUCCGCCACCGCACCCUCCGCCUCCGCCACGCCCGCCACGGGCGUGCGCGGCUUCUGGGCCGACGUAGCAGGCGACCUCGGGAUCCCCACGACGCUCGCGCUCCCAGGCGCUGCCCGCGCGCAGCAAAAGGCACUCAUCGAGAGCCUGCCGGACGAGGCGACCUCGCUCAGCGCACAGCGCGAACACCACGCCCGCACGCUCGACGCGGACGAGCGCAAGGGCGUCUGGGUCGUGCUCGGUGUUCUCGCCGGCUCGUGGCUUGCCGGCGGGCUGCUGAGCAGGGAGGCCCAGUUUGCGGAGCACGCUGCGGUCGCGGAGGAGGCGAAGCACGAGUGAGAUGUCGGGCUCGGUAUGUAUCAGGGAACUCUCCAUUCCUAAUCCGCUUGGAUACAUAGCAUACUGCACACACUCUAUUGGUCUCUGUCAUUCCGCUAUAGAGCGUCUUGGUGUGUCUGCCUGCAAUUUACCAUACGUACCGCAC